AUGUUUAGUCAUGGAAUUGUCGAGAUCAAUUCCAUUUCUGUUGCAGGGCUUGUCUCAAGCGCUAAUCAUUUGGCCCUCAAUGAUCAAAUGAUCAUCAUUUUGACAUUGGUCCCUGCUGCCAACGCUUUAUACUCAAGGAGUGUUAUUUACGUUGUAAUUGUCGCUUCGUUGAUUUGUUCGGGGUUAUAUAACACUUCUUUGAAAAGCACGAACGCCUUCGACUAUGGGGCAAACGUUGGAGACGUCGAUUUGGAGGCUUUCAAGGUAGUGACGUCCAUCGGUGUUCACGGAUUCUCAGCACUGUGCAUAGGGAUCUGUCUCUUUGCAAGAAAUGUGGUUUGCUGUGCAAAAGUGCUUCCUCCACCGGUGAUGCUUGGCGAAAUGCCAAAUCCAUUUGUAAUGGCCCUGGACGUUCUCCAGUGCCGGUUGCCUUCACUGCGGUGGUCCGUUACCCAUUCACGCGCAUUACUUCUUCAGAUCCUCUCCUCUGUGGCAUUGGUGUACAAUGUGGGAAUCGUAGGGCUUUACUCGUAUUACUGCUCAUCCGGUAGAGGCUCUGCAAUGCCUGCUGGUGGACAGGCUUAUACAGCAGAAAGCAAAGGGAGAACUACUGCUACGUUUGACAGAACCCAAGAAACCGUUCAAACUCCAGAAACCAGGGAUAGCAAGGACAGGGCUAAUAUUCAACCAGAGGACCCCGUCAAACCAGCAGACGUUGAGCAGAGCAAAGAAAAAGCAAACGAAAUUAUCAAGAGUGGACAAAUGACCCCAAAGAACAAGAGUGGACAAAUGUCCCCGAAGAUCAAGAGUGGACAAAUGUCUCCGAAGAAAUUACAAGAAGGCGACAAUGAAAUUCAUAUGGAUGGGAAAACUACGAAAACCCAAGUCUCUACACUGGACAUGCCCGACAAGGAGUACUUCUCUUAA